UUCUCCUUUCACACCUCUCCCCCCCUCUUCUUCUCUCUCUCCACAUCACAAGUCGCCUUCCUCCUCCGCCCCCGAAAUCCCCUCGCGAACCAGAGAAACCUGAGGCACCACCAUCACCACCACCGCCUCCGCCUCCGCCUCCGCCUCCUGCGCGCGCGGCGAAUUCGGGGGACCCUCGCGCUCGCGUGGGGUGUGGGUGGGGGGAGAUCCGGGCGUCGCCGUCGCCGGGGGGGGGGGAGGGUGCUCGGAUUCAGCCAGCGGCGGGUGGGGGGGCCCGCCUCUUUCUUCUUGGGGGGGCGCGGAGGAGACCCCGCCCGUCCUGGAUUCCGUGGCCGCGGCGCCGAUUCGGGCGCGGGAGCCCCAGCACGGUAUUAUGGUGAUGAAGAUGGAGGCUGAUGAGGAUGGUGCCAAUGGCGGAACUGGUGGGACAUGGACUGACGAGGACCGAGCGCUCACCGCCAGUGUGCUUGGAACGGAUGCUUUUGCUUACUUGACAAAAGGAGGUGGUGCCAUAUCCGAGGGCCUUGUUGCUGCAUCUUUGCCAGUGGACUUGCAAAAUAGACUCCAGGAGCUUGUCGAAUCAGAUCGUCCUGGUGCUGGUUGGAACUAUGCCAUAUUCUGGCAGCUGUCGCGCACAAAGUCCGGUGACCUUGUCCUUGGAUGGGGGGAUGGCUCUUGCCGUGAGCCUCAUGAUGGUGAGAUGGGACCUGCUGCUUCUGCAGGUAGUGACGAGGCCAAACAGAGGAUGCGCAAGCGUGUGCUGCAGCGAUUGCACUCAGCAUUCGGAGGUGUUGACGAGGAGGAUUAUGCCCCAGGCAUUGAUCAGGUGACAGACACAGAGAUGUUUUUUCUAGCAUCUAUGUACUUUGCAUUUCCACGCCGUGCUGGUGGCCCUGGUCAAGUAUUUGCAGCAGGCGUGCCCCUGUGGAUUCCCAACACUGAACGUAACGUAUUUCCUGCCAAUUACUGUUACCGGGGAUACCUUGCAAAUGCUGCAGGAUUUAGAACUAUUGUGCUAGUUCCAUUUGAGACCGGUGUACUUGAACUGGGUUCGAUGCAACAGGUAGCGGAGAGUUCUGACACUCUCCAGACCAUAAGAUCUGUGUUUGCUGGGGCAAUUGGCAAUAAAGCUGGAGUUCAGAGACACGAGGGGAGUGGCCCUACAGAUAAGUCACCAGGUUUGGCAAAGAUUUUUGGGAAGGACCUUAACCUUGGCCGGCCUUCAGCAGGCCCAGGAACUGGCGUGUCAGAGGCAGAUGAAAGGUCGUGGGAACAAAGGACUGGUGGUGGGAGCUCAUUGCUCCCCAAUGUCCAAAGAGGUUUGCAGAAUUUCACUUGGAGUCAGGCUCGGGGCCUGAAUUCUCAUCAGCAGAAGUUUGGCAACGGUAUAUUGAUUGUGAGCAAUGAAGCCACACCGCGCAACAAUGGAGGAGUUGACAGCUCUACUGCAACACAGUUUCAGCUUCAGAAAGCACCACCACUUCAGAAACUACCACAGCUCCAGAAAUCACAUCAGCUAGUAAAGCCACAGCAACUAGUGAGUCAGCAACAGUUGCAGCCUCAAGCUCCCAGGCAAAUAGAUUUCAGUGCUGGGACCAGUUCCAAACCUGGUGUUUUGACUAAAAAACCAGCUGGUAUUGAUGGGGAUGGUGCAGAGGUGGAUGGCUUGUGUAAAGACGAAGGUCCGCCACCUGCAUUAGAAGACCGGCGGCCUAGAAAGAGGGGAAGAAAGCCUGCAAACGGGAGGGAAGAGCCACUAAAUCAUGUUGAGGCCGAGCGCCAGAGGAGGGAGAAGCUCAACCAGCGAUUCUAUGCACUGAGAGCCGUUGUACCCAAUAUAUCAAAAAUGGACAAGGCAUCCCUCCUUGGUGACGCCAUAACAUACAUCACUGACCUACAGAAGAAGCUCAAAGAGAUGGAGGUAGAGCGAGAAAGGCUUAUCGAGUCUGGAAUGAUCGAUCCGAGGGAUCGGACGCCUCGACCUGAGGUGGACAUUCAGGUGGUUCAGGAUGAGGUUCUAGUCCGAGUGAUGAGCCCCAUGGAAAGCCACCCUGUCAGGGCCAUCUUCCAAGCUUUCGAAGAGGCAGAAGUCCAUGCAGGGGAGUCGAAGAUCACAAGCAACAACGGCACGGCCGUGCAUUCUUUCAUCAUCAAGUGCCCUGGCGCCGAACAGCAAACGAGGGAGAAGGUGAUUGCCGCCAUGUCUCGCGUGAUGAACUCAGGGUAGAAUCAGUUGGGGAGUGGGCGCCACCGGUAGAGGCAGCUUUACUUCGUUCGCUGGUUGCAGACAAGCAGCAAGCAGUCGGUUGGACGGACACCCAUCCACCCACCUUUCAGCGCUGUUGAUAGAAGAAGUUUGUAGGCAGAGAAAGAAAGCUCAGAUUCUGACUUAGCGAUCCAAGGGGAAGACAAAGCUCUCAAGUUAAAACUGCCAUUGUUGUAUGGUAGGCUUUUGUGGUCGGUGUAGUUUUUCUCUUUUUGUUGUUUAUUGGGGAGAAUACCAUGUUCUUAGUUUAUUGCUUGUGGCAGAACCAUAAACAGUACAUCUCGUCAAAUGCAUGAGUUGGGAAAGAAGUCACCUGCUUUUCUGCUAAUUCUGUGUUUUU